UCGAGACUGGUGAGGCUGAAGGGUUUCAAAAGCGAAGGCCAGGGGCCAAGGACGGUGUCGGAUCUCGCUACACAAAUCGAACAACACCAGAAGAAUCAGGGACAUGGGAUGAUUGGAUAGCGAUUUACUCACCGAAUCAACGUACUGCCUGCAUCUUGAUUUGGCACACAGCUUCGAUUGGUUGCUGCAGAUCAGUUGCUCUGGGCUCACCAACAACUGACAAAAUGCCCGUUGAGGUUGGGUGGCGAAUGUAGGCAGACAACAAGGAGGCGGGCUUCAGAGCACGGAUAACGAUCUACAUCCACAGAGAGCCGAGAGUCCCAUCGGACGGAGACACAGCAUUGCCAGGCUUGUGGGUGACAUGAAUCACCUUAUUCACGAUUCGAGAUCUAGCAGCUUCGGCCUGUCACUCCCGUCGUUUUUGCCCAACUCGGUCAACUCGCGCCCGUCUGAGAGCACACGACACCGCAGUCCCAUGCACGGUUGACACAUCCUCACCGAAAGGCUUCUCGAUGAACCCGAGGGGCUUCGUCUUCCUCUUUCCCACGAACACGAGUUCGAUGGAAAUGCACCGCAUGGCACUCAUCUGACCUGACGUUCCCUCUGAUUCUGCAGCUAGGCUGAUAUUUCCUCACACCCACCCAACCAGCAAUUUUCUCGAGCAAAACCGACUGCUAGAUGGUCAGAAGAGUGUCGGGUUACUAACGAACCUUGCCGUUGCAUCCGCGGGCUCUUCCUCCUCGUCGAGCAAUGAGUGCCCAGCUGAAGUCUACAGCCAUGCCUAGUCGUCCCGGCGCAGGGCCCAAAGCUCAAGAGGAGGCUUCUAAGUGACUGGUUGAAGGCAUUCUUCGGACCACGCGCGAGGGAGAAAAGAUCAGGAAAGAGGAGGUGCUGGGCAGCGGAUGAGGCGUUCGAAACCAAUGGUCGUGCCGCUUCACCUCCACCUACGAGUACGUCCUUCCAUCAGUCCAUCGGAAUCUGCGGUCAUGAGUCGAUGCCGAUGAGCACCCCACGCCUAGAUCCUCUCCCGCCAACGAUCUUCUCCUGACGAGCGGCAGAAAUAUCACAAAUCCAGACUGCCCGAGGAAAUUCUCGAAGCAUCAGUGGCUAGAAUUAAAGGCACGGUCAGCUUUUUUUGCUCAAUUUUUCCCACUCCAAUGGCUCGGUGCAACGUGGAAGGACAGACUGCGAAUGAUGACUGCGACGGCGCAGCUCAUGGUGCCAGAUUAUUGUGAAAGGACUCUCGCAACUGGGCUUCCCGGUCUGCAGUCUCUCCCAAUUCGCAGCCCCAAGAUCAGCAUCACCGCCCAAUGUCAGCUACAGUUGCCAGUGGGGCGCAGGCCAGAAAGCAAUGAGACCUGCAGUCUGGCAAAAUGGAUCAACGAGGCAAAAAGAUGGUUUGACCUACUUGCUAGAACGGGCACCGCAAGGACAGCCGACUGAGGCAAUUGGGGCGGGCGCCACCGACAUGAAACCACCUGUGACAGGGCGAGGAACCGUCGCAUCGGCCAGUCAGCGGCGGCCUGUAGCCGACCAUCUCUCACACUGGCCCGUUUCCCCUGCCUCCUCGGGCGUUGAGGGCCGCAGUCCCGUUCCACAAGGUGCCUGCAUUGGCCCAAGCACCAAUCCAAAAAUGCCGAAGAUGGGCUCCUACUCAGCACCGUCGCAUGCACCUCGACCGCCCGCUCGAGCCCGGCUUCCUAGCUACAACAUUGUUCGAGCCAUGCGUUUUCUUCGCAUACGUCGUCCUUCGCACGCCGAAUCUGAGGCGAGAUGGAGAGGGAUUCUGCAUCAUGCAGCUGGACCGAAGUCCUCCCUGAGAAAGUCAAGCUAGUCCGCCUCUUCAAGCCCUGACCUCCUCGUUUUUCGCGCAAUUCUGGCAUGAGGAUAUCACCACCUUGCCGUCACAAGCCCUUUCCUUUGCCCAUCACACUCCCAUCACUUCAAACCGCGGUUACCAACAAAUUUGCAAAGCUCACAAAUUCAUUUCUGGUCUCUUGUCAAGACUAUUUCUUCUUCUUAUGCACGUUUCCUUUCUCCGACGUGAGACAGAAUCUGUCAUCCAUGAAGUGCAACAGCGAGAAUAACAAAACCGACGGGGUCUCGAAAGUAUCUCGACGUCACGCCUAGCAUCUAUUAAGACCUGCCUGUGUGACCUCUUGUGCUUCUCUUGAGUCCCGCCAUUGCAGUGUACAUUGAGCGUGCACUUGUUCUGAACGUUCACACAGACGCCUCACCGCUUCUCUCGUACCUGAGCCCUUCUUCUGUGCCUGAUUUUGUGAAGCAAUACUCUUGCACCACCCUCUGUGAACUGGGCAAUCGGUGCAUAAAGAUUUGACCUGCUCCACGCUACGCAGCACAGAGGCGAAGAUCACUCGGUCAUCCAAGAGCACAUUUCCAGCCUCCAAAUACACCUUUCAGUCAACUCAAAGCCAUGUGUGUGCGUACGAAGACCUCGUACGGAUGCGGAUGCGAAUACAAGACUACCGCCGAGUGCCACUCUUCCCGUUGUCCAGGUCUCGAAAGAUAUCAUUACCCUAGGAGUGGUGACUGCCGCACCUGCAAAGAAGCGGGCACUGCAGUAACACGAGGGCGAGAUGGCAAAGGCAGAUAUGGGCAAGAAAUCAACAGGCGAAGACACUCGAGGGAAGAUGAGGAAGCCUCCAUUGACGACCUAGGCACCGCUGAUGUUGGUGAUGGGAUCAGUCCGUGGGCGCCUCCAUCAUCGCGAGAAAAGGAAUGGUGCAGCCAUUCCAGGAAAAAGGCAGAUGAUGCUUGGUUGCAGGAGCAUGCAGAGCGAAACCAUGACCUGCAAAGUAUCCGCGACUCUCUACCGGAAUAUCCGCCUUCUGGCUGUGGAUCUCCCGUCGCCGACUCUUGUCCUCGACGACAUGCACGCGUCUACUUGGUCGAUGACGAUGUUCACUACGAUCGUGGGGACAGCUACGAGAGACGUCAUCGGCGCGAGGAAUCGGGCAAGAGUCUUCCUGUCGAAAUACGCAGCAGAAACGUCUACCGCCGGCGAAGACAAGACAGCCAAGACAGUUUUGACAGCAUGCGCAGCUCACGCUCGUCGGCCCGAAAGCAUACUCCUGCUCUCACAACCUACACGUCGUACGAGUACAAUGAUGUCCACGAUUCCGGAUAUGGCUCAUAUGGCUCUCGAGCAUCCAAUGGAUAUCGAGGAGCAAAGACGGAGCCCUACGCCUAUCCACCAUCACCACCCCCUCGAGUCGUGAGCAUCAAAUCACCCUCACCUCAUUCUUAUCCCGCCUACGGAACCGGCCCGGUCAAUAUUGUAACACGGGCUCCGACAUAUGGGUACAGCGCUCCCAGAUACUGAUUCGGCAGGAACGAAGAUUCUAUGUUGUUUGCAGCAAGGCAUUUUCCCAGGCGUUUUGAGCCCAAGGCAAGGCUGCACAAGGCAUUACAUGGUCUCUGCAUUGAUGCAGGCAACGGAGCAUCAAGCACUUUCCUUCUGUCAACUGCAUGACGACACCUACCGUGUCUACAAGCUUGUUCCAGUCAAGAGAUAUACAAAUUUCAGCAAUGCAAUGCCAAGAUGCUAAUCAGCGGGCAUCUGCUGUGUGGCUCCAGGAGAGUUGUUUAUCCAUCUAACGUUUACGGGGCGAAGGCCUCCAGGUUGUUAUUGGUCCAGGGUGAGACACGGGUGUCUCAGAUGUAUGAUUGUUACAGUGUGGUUCAAGGAUAUCAAUGAAGCGAAUGAGUGAACGACGGCGGACGACUCGGACUCUAUCAGGAUGUUUGAGCUAACGAUAAAGGAGACGGCGUCUGAGAAGAUCCCAAGGGGGAGGCACGGCUACCGCAAGAGGAGGAACUUGGGCGGCCAUAGUCAGUACUUCUAUCUAGUUUGGGAGAGGUACUUUGUGACUUGUAUCUAUUAUAUUUCCUCAACUACGUUGUCACGGUCUUUGGGAAUCGGGCCCGUUGUUCGCUCUGAAUUCCAUGCUUUUUCCCAUGGUCGCCGUGAUGCUGUGUUUUGUAUGCUGGAGGUGAUGCU